AAUGUCAUAGCUAUGAUGAGAAUAUGGAUACGUUUUCUACUGCUUUUCCAUUUAGGCGGGCUUGUAGUCCAUUGUGCUCAUAUACAAGGUUCAUGGAAUCCAUCAGAACAGAAGGUUGUGGUUGUCACCAAGUUUGGGUAUCAGCAGACAAAAGCGAAAAACGAAAAGGACUCCCGUGGAUUUCUGUACGGGAAUUUUUUACCGCAAGCAACAUAUAACUAUUCCAAUCCCGUCCUCUUUGCAAUUGUCUCGUCGGAAAAUAUCAACAUCUUCAGGAAACCGUCGGCUGAUUAUGGAAUGUCAUGUGGAUCGAUGCUAAGGAACUUAACAACAAAAGGAUUCGAGCCACGAUGUUAUCCCAAUGGAACAAGUGACGUCUUUCGAUGGAUUCCAUGCCCGGAUGGACAUUUAUGCAAAGGAGAAGACAACUCUGCCAACGUUAUUCCGGGUUACCAGAUGACUAUGCAAAUUCAAGAAAAAUAUAAUCCUGAGCAUUGGUUUGUGCUCCUCAUUGCUUGCAACUUGGAUUCGAACUGUGAAUGGAAGGACUCUUCUCCAGAUGUUUCAAUAAAAUAUGACAUCUGGCUCACUAAUGGACGACCAAAUAGUGAAGCCGUCAGUUUUUUCACGUUCAACUUUUCUUUCGAUGAGCAGAACACGGUUCAAUUAUUUCUUUUGACUGUUGUCGCUUACGCAAUUUUGUCUAUUAUUCAAUCAGGGGCAAAUUUCAAAAAUCGACAAAUGCCACCCAGAAGUGUAAUUCUUUCUCGUAUUAUUACUAUGAAGUUAAUUGGAUACAGUUUACAAUGUUUCAAUGUAUUGCUGUUUGCCUACGACGGGCAAGGUUUUUUCAUUGCAAGGAUUGCAGGAGAAGUUUUACGGAACACUUCUGUCCAAGUGCACUGUUUGCUGCUGAUCAUGUUAGCCAAAGGGUGGGAUAUUUCGUACCCUGGAACAGAAUACCCGAAACGAUGUGUCAUCAUGUGGGGAGUUCUAGCUGGAUUAGACACCGUUUUGUUUUUCUAUAAUUGUACAUUUGUUUACGAUGUUCUUCACGACGUGGACAUUUAUUCGGCGUGGCCUGGCCAUGGAAUGAUUCUUAUAAGAAUAAUCUAUGCUAUUUGGUUUCUAAUCGAGAUUCGAAAAUUGAUUGAUAGUGAGCAAAGUCGGCAGAAAGCCGAAUUUUUAGCUCACUUUGGUGCUGGUUUCCUUGUAUGGUUUGUGUCAUUGCCAAUGAUUGGAAUCGUCGCAUCUUUUGUAUCGCAGCUAUGGAGGUUUUCGCUUAUUCUUGCACUAACAACAUUUUCAAAUUUUGUGGCUUUGUCAUGCCUUGUUCAUCAGUUUUGGCCGAAAUCUUCGUACAGAAAGUUUUUUGCAGACUAUACAAACGGCCAUCGGAGGUUGGGACGAGAUGACUCACACGAGUUCAACGACUACGACAACUUUCUUUUUUACGCUGAAGAUUCCGAUUCCGAAACCGAUUAUCCAGAAUGUGAAGACGUGAUACGAACUCAGAUCUAGCAAAUUGUCAUAAUAUCAUCAUUUUCUUCAAAACUAGGACUUUUCCUUUUUCCACUUUUCUUGUAUAUUUUGCUUCCCUGUCAGCCAUGUAUCUGAUAACAUAUCCAGUUUGCACCUAAUUUCAGUGACUAAUUUGAACAAAUGUUUGGUAGUUACGACUAUCAAUAAUUAUUCGCUUUGCAAUUUUAAAGGAUAGAGUGAUUGUUAUUAUGUCUAUUUUCUUUUUUCUUCUGAGAUUUAAUUUUUAACUUGAUACCCCUGUGCCCGACGGGAUUACGAAAAACAAACGCAUGCCAUUUAAACAAUUUUCAACAAUAAAUGUCACUUCAAUA